CCCACUCUUUGUAACGUGGAAGAUUGGUCGAGAUAAGCGAUUGCGUGGAUGUAUAGGUACCUUUUCUGCCAUGAACCUGCAUUCAGGACUCAGGGAGUACACGCUUACUAGUGCCCUUAAAGAUAGCCGAUUCCCCCCAAUGACGAGGGAUGAGCUGCCAAGGCUUUUCUGUUCAGUGUCUCUACUUACUAAUUUUGAAGAUGUCUGUGAUUACUUAGACUGGGAGGUGGGUGUACAUGGCAUUAGAAUAGAAUUCAUCAAUGAAAAAGGAUCAAAACGCACCGCCACGUACUUACCGGAGGUUGCAAAGGAGCAAGGAUGGGACCAUAUUCAGACCAUAGAUUCCUUAUUGAGGAAAGGGGGCUACAAAGCCCCCAUUACAAAUGAUUUCAGGAAAACCAUAAAACUGACCAGGUAUCGUAGUGAGAAGAUGAGCAUGAGUUACACGGAAUACCUUGCCCACCGACAGCACCACCACUUCCCGAACGGCCUGGGCCACGGCCUUCCGCCCUACAACCAUUAUUCCUGACACUGAGACGCAUGACCAGUCCCUCCAGCUCUCUGCAGACCUCUUCCCAGGAGACCCCACCCCCUCUUGGUCUAGCUAUCUCUAUUACUGCACCAUUUUAUGAUGAUAGUUUCCGUUGCCAUGAUGACGCUUCUCUGUGGCAAGCGAAGUUCACCAUGGCAACGGGUGGAAAUGCUGCAUCAUUACAGAGUACCCCUCUCAAAUUUUUUUUUAAAAAACCAACAAAAUACCUUAGUAUUAUGUCACUGUGGGCUUUAUUGGGAUUUUUCUUUCUUUUUUUUGGCAGCAAAAAAAAACCUCUUGGGAUUUUUUUUAAUAUGAAAUUUAAAUUUGUACUUCAGAAACACUGAAUUAUAUCAAUCAAGGUUUUCUGUGCAACUGUGGAUGGAAGGAAUUUUUUUAAAAAUAAUGCUUACAGAUUUGGGCUAGAGAAUAAAGCAAGAUCAGCUGCUCGUAAGGUUUUUUAAAAACAACAACACACAUAUCGGAUUUAGGUCAGAAAGCAGGCUGUGAAGGAGCAGGACCGGCCGUGCGGUUUGUCAGGGUUCCCCCAGGGGAAGCCUAUCCUCCCCGUCCCCCCGGUCCUGUAAAUAAAUACAUGAGCCUCAGAUCCAGUCCUGGUCAUCUAGGACGAUGAUGACGUGAUGUAAUUGAUUGAUUAUGGCUAAAAAAAAAUAAGUAUAAUUCUGGGCAUCUGGCAGGCAUCCUGGCUCCGUUGAUUUUGCUUUAAGGUUUCCUGGCAAAUCAGUGGAGCUAAGAUCUCGCCCCAGGUGUCUGGUUUGGGAGGGGAGCUGCUUCCUUCCCCUACUUUCCUCCUCCCCCCCCCAUCGGAGGGCAAUGUCUUCCUUCCCAGAUCUAGUUGUAAGAAGGAAGACACAAUCCACGAGCUGUUGGUGUCUUCCUCGCGCGGAGGCUUCUGCACCAAGGGAUGGACGGACAGACGGACGGUCCCAGCAAGGUUGAGUUUUGAAACUCCAGCGCCUGUUUGGAGGCUUCCGAGUUGCUUUUGUCGGCAAAAUACGCGACAUGGAGCACUUUGUGGGAUUCAGUGCCUUCAGCUGGGGUGCACAUUUUACCGAAGAAGAAAAGCGUAGGAACAAGAAAAAGGUGGGCUUCAGCAGAUCCUUGUCUCUGCUAGAGACUGGUGAGGAAUGGGGGUUCUUCGGAGAGCAGAAUUUCAGCCACCCCUGUAGUUCAUUACAUAGUAGGUAACCUAGCACCGUUGGGUGCUCUCAGAAGGAGGCCGUGCUGGGCUUCCUUCUAAUCGAUGAAAUUGUUCCAGAUGUUAUGGCUGGAGGGUAGCAGAGCAGACUGGUCAGUCCUGUGGCAUUGGCUGGCUUUCUGCCUUUGGCAGACGGGGCCAAGAGAGUCAUGCCCGGAAAGGGAUGGGCCCUGGAAAAAGGCAGUCAGGGGGUGGGACGUCCUUGUUCCCUGCAUCAGCAAUACUCUAAUGAAUUUAGAGAUUGGUGAGGUGCAUUUUGAAGGUAGAGCCUGGCCUUUACUUUAAAAAGAGAGAGACAAAACUUCCGUUUCGGCAGAUGAUCUCUGCGAGGCUCAGCCCUCACACACACACACACACACGCAAGGGCAGGCAGCUACUGAAGCCGCCGUGAAAGGUCAUUCCAGAAGGUCGUUGGGCGCACUUGGACAUAGAGAGAGGCCAAGCAGAGCUGGUUCUCACAGGGGUCGCUGUCGUUCCUUCCUCCACAGCAUUGUCAAAAUACUAAUUUUCUUUCGAUGCCUUAAUUUUAAGUGAACAGAAAGGCCUGAAAAAUGCAGGUAGCCUCACGGAUUCUUUGGGCAGGAAAAAAGAGCUGAGCCUCACUUCUACAGAAGUAAUUUGGUACAGUUCUUUUUUUUUUCCUUUUUUUUUUGGGGGCCAUUUGGCUUGUUGGGAAAUGGUUUCACCUUGAAACAGAAGCUGUUAUCCAGUGGCUAUCUGACUGCAUUUUCAUUUUAUUUUUAUUUUUUGCCCUUGGAAAAAGGGAAAACUUGAGCACAAGCUUAAAUAUAUACUGUCUGCUGCAAACAUUUGAGAAAUCAGCCACGGCCACCCGAUCCCAUCCGUCUUUCUUCAUUAUCUCAUGAUAGCUCAUACUUCUGGGUGAGCUCCUUGUUAGACGUUUUUUAAAAAGAUCUAUUAUAUAUAUAAAUAUAUGUGUAUUUAAAGGUGCUAAUCAACCUUGAGCAGGUCACGUGACUGGUCAUGCGGACUCUAGAAUCAUAUCAGAUUUUUUUUAAAAGGAAAAAAUAUCCUCAAUAUAUGCAGAUGUUAUACAGAAUUUUCUUACCAGUGUAAUAAUGAUAUACUGAUUUAAAAUGAAAUAUCCUGCAGGUUUUGAAGGACAAUAGGUCAGCAAUACUUCCCAUCGUGGCUUGGGGGAGGAAAUUUUUAAAAAGGAUCAUUUUUGUCUCCUUUUUUUGUACACAGCAUAAUGCACAAUGCGUUGGCGUUUUUGUUUUUUUUCUAUCAGUAGCUGUUGCUUGGGGAAUUUAAAAACAAUGUUCAGAAGGUUAUACAAACUGGAAAGGUAUGCUUUAAAACAAAACCGAAUAACCUCCAGACCCUUCUGAACCUGUCUUGCAUUGUUUCAUUAUGGAAGUUCCUACUAGUAUGCAGCAAGAGAUGAGCUACAGGCAGAAGCUUCAACGAUGUUUGUUUUUUGCAUAUAGAUCCGUCAGCUUCUCAGAUACUUUUUGUUUAUUUGUUAGUCCUGGCGCAGCCUUGCGUUGGCAUCUAGGGAUACCAGCCGUGCUAAGGAGUACGCUUUGCAUCUAAUUGUGGGCUCGUGUGUGCAAAAUGUGGUAUACGUCACAGGAACAUAAUGGGUCCUGAACGCAUGAGAAAGAGGAGGCUUGCCGUCUGCUUUGCUGUUUAGGUCUAAAUCGGCAGAUCAGCAUCGGAGCCUUUUAGAGCAUCGGUUGAAAGCUCAAGACGGACUCCCGCCUUCCUCGUAGUGGUUGCUGAGCUUUUUUGACCUGCACUGAUGGAGCUGUUUUAACUUGCCUUAUUUCAUUCCCCCCC